UACAUUAAAGAUUAAACACAUUGGCAGAAAGGCUUAAACAACCCAAACCAUCAAAAUUCAUCAUCAAACCAUCGCCGUCAGACUCCACCGGAAAACCCCACAAUGGAAGAACAACACCAAAUUCGUGUCAAGCAAGAAAUCUUGGAACAACAACAUAUAGAUACAAACAAUGCAUAUACAUCACAACCCGGUUCAAGCAAAAGAAAACCCGGUUCAAAUACUCCUGUAGCAGUAGUUGAUCUUGAUACUGCCGGUUCUGAUUCUGAUAGUGAAAAAACUGAAUCUUUUUGUCCAGGCGAUAAUUAUGGGUCAAAUAAAAGGCAAAAAAAUGGAAACAACGUCGUUUUGCCAGAUGGGUUUCUUGAUCCAUUGCCACCCAAGAACAAGAAUGUGGAUACUGGGUCGGACCCGGGUCGGGUUAAGGUUAAAGGGUGUAAUAAACAGUUUUGGAAAGCUGGUGACUUUGAACUGGGUUCAGGUGGAAAUUGGGAAACAUCUUCUGGUUGUAUGGAUCACGUUAGGGUUCAUCCAAGGUUUCUACACUCUAAUGCAACUAGUCAUAAAUGGGUUCUUGGCGCUUUUGCGGAACUUUUGGACAAUUCAUUGGAUGAGGUCUGUAAUGGUGCCACGUAUGUCAGCAUUGAUAUGCUAAGAAACAAGAAGGAUAAAAGUAAAAUGUUGGUGAUUGAAGAUAAUGGUGGUGGUAUGGACCCGGAUAAGAUGCGACAAUGCAUGUCUCUUGGAUAUUCUUUGAAAAGCAAGGUCGCAGACACUAUUGGACAGUACGGAAAUGGUUUCAAGACAAGUACUAUGAGGCUUGGGGCUGAUGUUAUUGUUUUCUCACGAUGCUCUGCAAAAGGUGGAAAAAGGUCCACACAGAGCAUUGGACUUUUAUCCUACACAUUUCUACGAAGCACCGGAAAGGAAGAUAUAGUAGUUCCCAUGGUUGAUUAUAAAAGAGAGGGUCGUGAAUGCAAGAAAAUCAUACGCUCAUCACAGGAGGACUGGGAUACAAAUAUCGAGGCAGUGGUUCAAUGGUCUCCGUUUUCAAGUGAAGCAGACCUCCUGAAACAGUUUGAUUUUAUGAAGGAUCAGGGCACACGUCUAAUUAUUUACAAUCUGUGGGAGGAUGAUCAAGGACAGUUAGAACUUGAUUUUGAUACAGCUGAAGAUGAUGUACAAAUACGAGGUGUUAAUCGAGAUGAGAAGAAUAUCCAAAUGGCCAGUGCUUACCCAAACUCUAAAGCCUUUCUGACGUAUCGACAUUCAUUAAGAACGUACUCAUCCAUCCUGUAUUUGAGAAUACCUCCUGGAUUUCGGAUGAUCCUCCGUGGAAAGGAUGUUCAGCAUCACAAUAUAGUAAAUGACAUGAUGAUGACGACCGAGGUCACAUAUCGUCCACAACCCGGUGCUGAUGGGCUUUCCAAAGAUUCAAAUAUAGUUGCAGUUGUUACUAUGGGGUUCGUUAAGGAUGCAAAAGCUCAUAUUGACGUUCAAGGGUACAAUGUGUAUCAUAAGAAUCGACUCAUCAAGCCAUUCUGGAGACUUUGGAAUUCUACUGGAAGUGAUGGUCGUGGAGUAAUAGGUGUGUUGGAGGCCAACUUUGUAGAACCAGCUCAUGACAAACAGGGGUUUGAACGCACUAUCGUCCUUUCAAGACUUGAAACACGUCUUAUUCAGAUGCAGAAGACAUACUGGCGCACAUACUGCCAUAGAAUUGGAUAUGCUCCAAGGAUCAAUAAGAACAACCUGGAGAAUGACACUCCUCCUGACUUUUCCCCUGAAGCUACUAAAAAGAAAAAAGCUGCAUCAACCAAACAAGUUUCUCUUUCAAACAAAUUUUUUUCAAAUAAAAAUCCAAAACUAGGAGGAAGCAACUUGGGAAGACAACCGGCGGUCAAUCGUUUUGAGGAAAACGGCCAGUAUGGGGAAGGUCCAAGCUCACUGAAGUCAACGUCAAAGACUGAAAUUAUUCGUGAUACCACGAAUAUUAGACAUACAAAUUUAGAUAAUGGUUAUUCUCCUUAUGGAAAUACUAUGGAAAUUGUCACACACUAUCAGUCAAUGUUCCAGGAUAUUGCUGAAAAUGGAAGUGAUACUUUACACUCCAGUGUACCUGAUUUAAGUCAGUUGGCAGAAGAGAACCGCCAAUUAAAAGAGAAGUUGAAAAAAAAAGAUGAAGAUAUUUUAGGUGACCUUCUGCGUGAUAUAGAAAAGGAGAAAAAUCGUUGCAAGGAACUUGAAGCUCAGCUUGAGGAAGCAAAGGAAAAAUCCGAGACUGUCAGCAAGGAGCAAGAAAGUAUGAUUGACAUAUUUGCAGACGAAAGAGAGCGACGAGACAGAGAGGAGCAGAUUUUAAGAAAGAAGUUGAAGGAGGCAACGACGACCAUUCAAGAUUUGGUCGAGCGGGUGAAACAAUUAGAGUUGGAGAAAAUGAAAAGCCAAAAAUGGACCGCUACGUAGAAUCAUCGGUUGAGAGUUUGUAGUUGGCUCUCUAGGGUAAUUGUAUAUAUGAUAACCAUUUACGCAAAAUUAAGCCUAUAGUCUCUCUAGCGUCCUGCUGGUGUUGGUGCCAAAUUUUGCAUUUAGGAUGACAGGCUAGUCUAAUUGGAUGUAGAUAUGUAUUGUUAUAUGGUGGAAACUUAUGAAUACAAGUUAGUCAAUUCCAUUUACUUUCUUUUGUUA